CCUCGAAAACGAGGCAAUAUGGCCGACUAAAGAAAUUGAAGUCCUCCUUAGGUGCUAGUGUUGUGGUUUUAUACUGAUUGCAGCAAAACGGUAACCUCAAGUCAGUUAAAAGUACAAAGGCGAAGACUGCCAUACUAUGUCACCAUGUAGUGCUGCAGUCUCUAUGGAAAUGGGGCUGUUAGCCUAUACUUGAGUCACAGUUGGGCCCAGUGUCACAUACUUACAAACCCUGGCAUAACUGCAACCUUAUUACUGGGUCUCAGAACCACACCAGAGCUUUGUGGGUGCAUACUUAACAUUCAUGCAUGUGGGCCUUUUUCUACUGGCAGCGUCCACUUCCUUUCCAUCCCCUGGUAUCUAACAAGCUCCUAGUAGACCAGAUGAAACUACAGCAGCUUGGUCUUGUCUUGUGUUGAGCACUGUUUGCAUCAAGUGUUUCCUAGCUUGGUUUGUGGCACCCUCUAUAUAUGGUGUCACCAUGAGGUUCAAUGCUAAGGAGAUGGCAGCACUGGCCAAGGAACCCAAGGACAAGUUUGACCAAGAGGGGGUCCUAUGGGUGAAAGAAAAACAGGAAGGAUUAUUCCGAAAAGGGGAAGUUUAUGUGCAGAGAUGGUGCCGACUGCGUGGAAAUGUCCUGUUUUACUUCAAAUCUAAAGAGCCAACAUCAGAACCUUAUGGUGCAAUUAUUCUUGAGAGAUGUACAGUUGAACUAGAUCUCAAGGAAGAAAUGCAGUUCUCUUUCCAAAUUGUGUUUGAGGGUGAUGACAGAGUCCAGUUUUUUGCUGCCCGUACAGAAGAAGAGCGAGAUGCAUGGAUUGAAGUCCUCCACAUAGCCAGCUAUGAGUGUCUCAAGAUGCAGUUGGAGAGUCUCCGUGAGCAGAUCAGGAAUAAAACUGGGAAGGAUCCCAUUGAUGACCCCGACCCCACAGUACUAGAGGAUAACACAGAAACAGGUAGGACAAAUCAGUACUCUUCUUUUGGUUUUAAAUUUUUUUCUUAAUUGAUGAAGAGAUGCCCCUGGC